CUCUCCUCAAGUCCCACCCUUUUCUCCAAUUUCCACAUCAAUGGCUGCUUCCUCUCCAGGUAUUCUAAUGGGGGAUGAACAGCAACAAAUGGAUUCACACAAGAAAAUGGUAAUAGCUUUCAUCGUAGCCAGCACUGCACUUGGUGCAGUCAUUUUGUGUGUGCUUUGCUUCUGGAUUUAUUACACCAAGUAUCAUUCAAAAUCCAACAGGAAAAACCUUCAAAGCUCAGAUGCUGAGAAAGGGCUCGCUUUAGCUCCAUUUUUGAGUAAAUUCAGUUCUGUCAAGAUGGUUGGUAAGAAAGGGAGUGUUCCAAUAAUUGAUUAUAAGCAAAUAGAAAAAGCCACCGGCAAUUUCAGGGAAAGUAACAUCUUGGGUGAGGGUGGUUUUGGAUGUGUUUACAAGGCUAGGUUUGAUGAUAAUUUGGACGUUGCCAUCAAGAAACUGCACUGUGAAUGUCAGGAUGCUGAACGAGAAUUUGAGAAUGAGGUGGAUUUGUUAAGCAAAAUUCAACAUCCAAAUGUAAUUUCUCUACUGGGUUGUAGCAGUAAUGAAGAUACGAGGUUUAUUGUCUAUGAAUUGAUGCAUAAUGGAUCAUUGGAAACUCAAUUACAUGGACCUUCUUGUGGCUCGGCUUUGACUUGGCAUAUGAGGAUGAAGAUUGCUCUUGACACAGCAAGAGGAUUAAAAUAUCUACAUGAGCACUGUUACCCUCCGGUGAUCCAUAGAGAUCUGAAAUCUUCUAAUAUUCUUUUAGAUGCAAACUUCAAUGCCAAGCUUUCUGAUUUUGGUCUUGCCAUAACUGAUGGGUCCCAAAACAAGAACAACAUGAAGCUUUCAGGCACCUUGGGAUACGUAGCCCCAGAGUAUCUUUUAGAUGGUAAAUUGACUGAUAAAAGCGAUGUCUAUGCUUUUGGAGUCGUGCUUCUGGAGCUUCUAUUGGGAAGGAAACCUGUGGAAAAAUUGGCACCAGCUCAAUGCAGAUCUAUUGUCACAUGGGCCAUGCCACAGCUUACAGACAGAUCCAAGCUUCCAAACAUUGUGGAUCCUGUGAUCAAGAAUACAAUGGAUCUCAAGCACUUAUACCAGGUUUGA